GUCGUGUGGUUUUUGCUGAACUCGUAUUUGUAUAUGCACAUAUCACAAUCAUCUGGAAAAUGAACUUAAAGUGCGGCUAAGUGAACGAUCUUGAUUACACGCGCCAGUUAAAUAGAACAUAAAAAAAAAAAUAAUAAAUUGAUCGCAAAAAAGCACGUGAAUAUGGGGGAAAACAAUUCUUUGUUACGUGUGAUCAUUUGUUCGUUUGUUAUGAUGUUCCAUUGGCAGUGUUGUUGUUCCCAGCAGUUGGCAACAGCCCAUCGACUGGGUCAACGGCCGCUGGAUAACAUCACAGUCCUCGUUUCCGACAACCGGAAGGAUGAUGGCGUUUCGAUCAUGGGACCAUUCGUUCCGUACCAAGAAACCCAUCAAUGGAAACACGAGCAGCAAAGCAUGUUCCAGGAAGGCGAAAGAAUACGUCGGGAUGAGUCUAGUAGUAGAAAUAGUGGCAAUUCAUCUAGCGGAAAUAAAGGACGUCCGGGAAACAUUGACGACACCAACAGUCGGCUUCUCGUGCAGACCCUAAAUGGACGCGUUCGAGGAACGACUAAAACUGCUCUCGGCGAAACUGUCGACGUCUUCCUGGGCAUCCCGUUCGCCAAGCCACCUUUAGGCGACCUGCGAUUCAAGAAACCCGUCCCUAUUGAUCCAUGGCAGGGCGUCUACGACGCCCAGAACUUGCCCAACUCUUGCCAGCAGGAGCGAUACGAUGUCUUCCCCGGUUUCCGCGGAGAAGAGAUGUGGAAUCCAAACACGCCCAUCUCGGAGGACUGUCUCUAUUUGAACCUGUGGGUCCCGACUAAGCUGCGCCAUGCCAACAACAACAACAGUAGCAACGGAACGGUCCUCAUCUGGAUCUACGGCGGAGGCUACAUGAGUGGCACGUCCACUUUGGAAGUCUACGACGCCCUGAUCCUGGCCGCCACCAACGACAUUAUCGUCGCUUCGUUCAACUAUCGCGUUGGCGCCUUCGGAUUCCUCUAUUUGGACGAUGAAGACGCUCCGGGCAAUAUGGGACUCUACGACCAGGCGCUGGCCAUCAAAUGGAUCAAGGACAACAUCCGAUCCUUCGGAGGCGAUCCCAAUUCCUUGACUCUAUUUGGCGAGUCGGCUGGUGCCGGAUCGGUCAGCGUUCAUCUCUUGUCGCCCAUCAGCGGCCAUUUGGCCAGACGGGCCAUCAUGCAGAGCGGCUCCGUCAAUGCGCCGUGGAGCUACAUGACGGCCGAAACGUCGAAACGGAUCGCAGUGGCUCUGGUCAACGAUGUCGGCUGCAAUUCCUCAUUGGUCGGCAUCGACACCAGAGCCGUUAUGGAGUGCAUGAGGUCCGUCGAGGCCAAAAACCUGUCAUUGAUCCAGUGGAACUCUUAUUGGGGCAUCCUGGGCUUCCCUUCGGCGCCGACCAUCGAUGGCGUCUUUCUACCCAAACACCCCAAGGACAUGCUCAAAGAAGGCGGUUUUGGCGAUGCAGAAAUCCUCGUUGGAACCAACCAGGACGAGGGGACGUACUUUAUACUCUACGAUUUCAUCCAAUACUUUAAGAAGGACGAUCCUAGCGUACUAGAGAGGGAAAAGUUUUUAGAGAUCAUCAACACUAUAUUCAAAACUUGGUCGCAGCUGGAGAGGGAAGCCAUCAUCUUCCAGUACACGGACUGGGAUCACAUUGAAAACGGCUAUUUGAAUCAGAAAAUGAUUGGCGACGUCGUCGGAGAUUACUAUUUUACCUGUCCGACUAAUUACUUUGCUCAGAAGUUCGCCGAGCACGGGACGAACGUUUACUAUUAUCACUUCACUCAGAGAUCGAGCACCAAUCCUUGGGGUCAAUGGAUGGGCGUGAUGCACGCCGAUGAAGUCGAGUACGUCUUCGGUCACCCGCUCAACAUGUCGCGUGACUACACGGCCAGCGAACGCGAACUCAGCCGACGGGUUAUGAAAUACUUUGCCACCUUCGCUAAAACUGGGAAACCGGUGGCGGACGACACGCUGUGGCCGAUUUAUUCGCGCAACGAACCGCGUUACUUUAUUCUCAACGGCGAAUUGCGCGGAAUCGGGCACGGACCCCGAGCGACGGCCUGCGCCUUCUGGAAUGAAUUUAUGCCGCUCAUCACUGCUCGUCAAGGUACAAAUCAAUGCGAUCCGGAUGCCAUGCUGUCGCUAAGAGGAUCGGCCUCCACCAUGCCAAAAUCUUCCGGUUGUCGUGGAAUUUUCCCCGUCAUGUUGUGCUGGUUGCUUAUGGCUAUCUUGAAAGUCAUUUGAACAUAGAAAAUGCUAAUUAUUUCAAAGAAAAAAAACAUAAAAUUGGUUUCCAGUCGAAAAUGAAUCACAUAGUGGCUCCAUUACGUAGCUACGUAGCCAAUUUUGCAUCUAUUUUAUUUUAUACUUUAAUUCCAUAUAUAAUCUUAUUCAUUUUGAUCAUGUAUCGUUUUAUAUAUAUAUAUCACGAUUAAUUCCGCUCUCUAUACAGCA